GUUUUUUUGGACGCGGGUCAAAGAAACCGGCUUUAGCUUGCUCGGUCUCCUCAUCCAUACCAAAAUUUCCCCUUUUCCUCGAAUCAGCUCUCCGAUUGCCGGCACUGUCUCGUAUUUGGACGCUUUCUCCCUGCCUGCUUUCAUUUAUCUGAUUUCCUUUCGAUCGGAGUCUUUGUGUUUUGCUUUUUUAAGGAUUUUUUUGGUCUUUUUUUCUGUUAUUUUAUAGAUUUUUUUGGCAUUUUGGUGAUUUAUUUGGGUUUGUUGAUUGGGAUUAGGAUUUCAGGCUGAAAAGUCCGGAAAAGAUUCGAUUUUUUAGGGUUUUUUUUCUCUUCGAGUUUUAGUCGGACUCGGAGUUAAGGGCCAGAAAGGUGGGAGUUUUGAGGAAUUCGGAAUCUGUGUUUGGGUUGGAAAAGGAAGGAUCUUUAGUAUUUAAUAGGGAAUUUCGUUUGUGUUUUUAAUUAUUCUUUUGUAUUGGAAUUUGAUUGAUUUUCUUCUCUUGCUUUGGAGUUUGUGAUUGAUUUGAUUCUCGAAGAUGGAUUCAAGAAACGGAGAGAAGGACGGAGGUGUUGAUGUGAAGGAAGGCGGAUUUAGAUCCAAACUCAAAGGCUUUGGAAGCUUUGGGAGCAAAGAUAUGUUUGUUAGGGCUGAUAAGAUAGAUCUCAAGAGUUUGGAUAUUCAAUUGGAGAAGAAGAUGAGCAAGGUGUGGACAAAGGACAACCGUGGUAGUACUCAGAGGCCCAAGGAAGAGUGGGAAAUUGAUGUGUCCAAGUUGGAUGUUAGAUAUGUUCUGGCUCGUGGCACUUAUGGUACUGUGUAUAGGGGCAGUUAUGAUGGCCAGGAAGUUGCAGUGAAAUUGCUGGACUGGGGAGAAGAUGGUUUUGCCACGGAUGCUGAAACUGCUGCUCUCCGGGCAUCAUUUCAGCAAGAGGUGGCUGUCUGGCACAAACUUGACCACCCAAAUGUUACAAAAUUUGUUGGGGCAUCAAUGGGAACAUCUGAACUUAAAAUUCCAGAGAAAAACUCUACAAGCAAUGGCCAAAAGUCUAUUCCGGCUCGAGCAUGUUGUGUUGUUGUGGAGUACCUUCCUGGUGGAACCUUGAAGCAAUACUUAAUCAAAAAUAGGAGAAAAAAACUCCCCUAUAAGAUUGUGAUCCAGCUUGCAUUGGAUCUUGCCCGAGGAUUGAGCUACCUUCAUUCAAGGAAAAUUGUACAUCGUGAUGUGAAAACUGAAAACAUGCUACUAGAUACUCAGAGAACCUUAAAAAUUGCUGAUUUUGGAGUUGCUCGUGUUGAGGCACAGAAUCCCCAAGACAUGACCGGUGAAACAGGAACACUUGGUUAUAUGGCUCCAGAGGUUCUCAAUGGAAAACCUUACAACAGAAAGUGCGACGUGUAUAGCUUCGGUAUAUGUUUAUGGGAAAUCUAUUGCUGUGACAUGCCAUAUCCUGAUCUCAGCUUUGCUGAAGUCUCAUCUGCUGUUGUUCGACAGAACCUACGACCAGAUAUCCCACGGUGUUGUCCGAACGCAUUGGCCAGUGUUAUGAAGAAAUGUUGGGACGCAAAUGCAGAUAAAAGACCGGACAUGGACGAGGUUGUGAAGCUUUUGGAAGCGAUCGACACGAGCAAAGGCGGCGGAAUGAUACCCGAAGACCAGAAGAUGGGAUGUCUUUGCUUCGUCAAGACUCGUGGUCCAUGAAUGAUUUCCCUAUAAUUUAUUUUUCGUAUAAAAAUGCAUGCUGUAAAAGGGAUUGUUCGUCUAUAAUUCACCGGGGAUUAGAUUGCUUGCCAUGAUUGAUGCAUUCUUUUCCACUGUAAAUCAUCUCAGCAGCUGCAAAGCUGUUGUUUUGUCUCUUUUAUUGGUUCAACCUUGUGGCUCUAUACCUGCUUUUUUUUGUUUUUGGGUUUUGAUUUUGUUUGGUAUGUAUAGUUUGUUUGUUGGUUGAGAAGAUACAAUGCAAGGCUUGCUACA